CGAGCAUCAAGUUGCAUCUCGCGUCGCCGCCGGUAUGAAGAAGAAGGCCAUCAAGUUCAUCGCCAAGGGCGGGCUCAAGCACAAGAUUGCCAAGCGCAAUGACAAGAAGAAGUUCAACAAGGGCAAGAAGCCGGCCGUGCCAUCGACCAAGCCGACGAAGGCGGCGCCGCGCGCGGCCGACGCCGAGUCGUCCGACAUGCUGGACGACAUGGACGUGGACGACUUUCUCAACGGCGACUUCCUCGACAACGACGAGGACGACGACGAUGAGGUGAACGGCAGCGACGACGAUGUCGACAUGAACGGUGACGACGACGAUGACGAUGCCUCGAGUGAAGAAGAGGACGAGAGCGCGCUCGACCCGCGCUACCUCGCGCCGAGCCGCGACGAGGACAUUGCCGAGUCGGACGACGACGAGGAGGCCAACGCCGCGUCCGUGCCCAACGAAGCGCCCGGUUCGGACUCGCGCAUCGAGCUCACGAUGGAGGCGCUCCGCGCAAUUGAAGCCAAAUGCGAGAGUUCGCCGAGCAUCAAGUCGCUGCGCCGCCUGCUGCAGAUCUUUAGCGACGCGUGCCAGUCGCCCGAGUCGGACAAGACCGGCCCGAAGAACACCAAGUACGACAUUCGGUCGAGCGCAGUCUACAACGAGCUCAUGGUGUCGGUCUUCAAGCACACGGUGUCGAUCUGGGAUGCGUACUUUGGCGAGACACUGGACGCUAAGAAGUGGUCCAAGAUUGCGCCGAUGCUCCGCCGCUUCUACGCGUGCGCCGUGUACCUGCUGCAAGAGACGACCAACGCCGACAUCCAGCGCUUCGUGCUUCGCGGCUUGACCAAGUACAUGCGCUUCGUCGUGCCGUGCCACAAGACAGCACGCAAGCUGCUCAAGUGCUUCGUCUCGCUCUGGGGCAAGUCGCUCGACACGCAAGUGUGCAUGCUCGCAUUCGUCCGCGUCCGCGAGCUCGCGCAGCUUAUGCCGUUCCCGUUCCUCGAGCUCUGCCUCAAGGCACUGUAUUUGAGCUACAUGCGCAACGCCAAGUUUACCAACGGCGUCAACUUCCAGCACCACAUCGUCAUGGGCAACUGCAUCGUCGAGCUCUACGGGCUCGACCUCGUCUCGUCGUACCAGCACGUGUUUAUCUACAUCCGCCAGCUCGCGAUCUCGAUCCGGAAGGCGAUCGCGGCGCCGUCGACCGAGACGCUCAAGGGCCUUCUCACGUGGCGCUUUGUCAACUGCCUCAAGGUCUGGGCCGCGGUCGUCGCGGCGUAUCCGGAAGAGAACCAGCUCAAGGCGCUUGUCUAUCCGAUCUCGCAGCUCUGCUUUGCGCUCAUGCGCCUCGCGUCGGUCGUGCGCUACAUCCCGCUGCGCUUCCAAUGCAUCAAGGUGCUCCAGCAGAUCGCGUUCGCGACCAACACGUUUGUCCCGACGGCGCCGGUGCUCCUCGAGGUCCUCGCGCUCGGCACGAAGGCCAAGACCAAGAAGCAGGCCAAGGACACGGAGAUCGUCGAAUUGGAUCUGCUGGUCAAGCUCUCAAAGGCGGCGACCGAGAACAAGCGCGUUCAAGACAUGGUCGUCUCCAAAGUGUUUGAGCUCCUCCAGCGCGAGUGCGACGUGUACAAGUACUCGAUCGCGUUCCCGGAAUUCGCCGUGCCGCUGUCGCUGGCGCUCGCCAAGUUUGCGAGCUCCACGAACGUGCCGCAGUGGAAGUCGAUGGCCCGGGGUCUCAUCGCGAGCAUUGAGAAGCGCUCCGAGUGGAUUCGCGCCAAGCGGGUCGUGGCCGACAUUGCGCCCAAGGAGCUUGAGAAGGUCAAGGCGUUCCUCGCGGCCGAGCGAUCGGAGGCCGUCACCAAGAUCUUUGAGAAGGACGCCAAGUCGCAGACUGAGAAGGCCGCGCUGUACAAGCAGCAGCACGGCGGCGACCACGCGGGCGACGACGACGACGACGACGCGAUCGACGACAUUGUGCGCGGCGACACGCAGCAUGCGGACAAGGACGACGACGACGACGACAUGUCGGACGAGGAAGAGGAAAAGCCCAAGAAGAAGCGCAACAAGAAGAAGAAGAAGACCAACGCCGGCCCCAAGGUGAGCCUCGACGAGUUCAAAAAGUCGGUCGCCGCCGUCGACGAAGACGAUCACGUCGAAAACAUGGUCUGGUCGGACGACGAGUAGAUGCUUGGUUAAAAAUCUUAUAUUGUAUAUUCAUGGCUGAGCGCGCGUG